UGUACUCAGAGUACGUGCUGGCGCGGGAGGGGCACCCGGGCCCUACGGCGUCGAUGGCUUUCUGGCGGGACAAGAAACACUCCACAAGCGCUGUCUUCACCGACUUCUUCGUUCAGAAGGUGGUGAGGGGGAGGCCGAUCCCUCACGUGGGCACGGCGCUGUUCCUGAAGGACUUCCCGAGCGGCUUUCCGGAGUUCGUGAGCUGCGUUGGCCAGAUGAAACUGGCCAAGUUCAAGGAAACCUCGGGCCCUGAUGUCCCGCACGGAUUCUACGAGUACGCCCGGGACGCGGCUAGCCGCAACGCUAAGAUAAUGAUGGCCAAGCCAGCGGCAAGGGAGCUACCAGCGGCGGCGGCGGCGGCGGAGAAGGCCCGGUGGACAGCGCCAGCGACGCCGGCGGCGCGGCCAUCGCCAGGGCGAUGCGGUGCGACUUCGAGUCGAUCGCGAACCAGCGGCGGGAGGCAAACUCGACCAUCGCAGCCCUCGAGUCGAAGGCGAAUGCGCGUGACUCUGGAGGCCCUGGAGCAAGCCCUCGACCGCGAGACGGCGCGAAACGCGAAGUGUCUCGCGACGGCUCAGAAGGAAGCCGCCGACGCACAGGCCGCCGCCAAGGCCAAGGCCGUGGAGGCUGCUGCGGCCGCCGAGGUUGAAGCGCUCAGCCGCGGGCAGGAUGGAUCGGGAGGGAGCUUUUCGAUCCCAGAGGCGCUGGAGCGCGCGGAGGUCCUGAAGAAGCGUGCGAACACCGUUCUCGCGGACACGAGAUACCCCGAGGCGGUGGAGCAGUACACGCUAGGGAUCAAGGUGCUCGAGGUGCACGUCAAGCCGGCACCUUGGGCAGACCAGGGCAGCGGCGGGUCGCAGAGCGACGGCGACGAAUCGGAACAAGAGGAGGGGGAGGAGGAGGAGGAAGGAGAGACGGGCGAGGACAAAAACAAGGUUGCCGCGAGGGAGAUGCUGCUGAUCCUCCUCUGCAACCGGUCGUUCGCGCACCUCAAGUGGGGAAACCUCGGCAGCGCCAAGGCGGACGCUCAGCGGGCGCUGGACUUAGACCCGCACCACAUCAAGGCGUACUUCCGCCGGGCGGCCGCACACAAGCAGGCGGAGCGUUUCCGCGAGGCCCUGGCCGACCUGAGGUACAUCCUGAGGCUCGAGCCUCCCCCGCGGAAGGGGAUGGCUGUGAGCAAGGACAUCCUCGACGUGCAGAGGAUGGCCAAAGAAUGCGAGCAGAAGGUGCGAGCGAAGGGGUUCGGGAAGGCCCUUCAGGAGACGGGCAAGCAGGCCAAGGGUGCCAAAUCGGCGUCCGAGCUGAAGGAGCGCGCCGGGGGCGGGGACGCGGCGGGGACGUCGGCGACGGCAGCGGCGGCGGCGGCAGCGGCCUACUGGGACAUGGUCGGCGAGACCUUCCUACCCCCGAAGUCGGCGGUGCCUACCCUGAAGGAGCGGGCGGCGUGGGUGGCGGCGGGUAGCAUCGACCGCGCCCCUGAGGCGUUCGUGCAGUGGUGCGAGGGCCUCCUGUCGGAGUACCUCGUGUGCAUCUUCGAGCGACUCAACUGGGUCUCGCUCCAGACGAUGAUGGCUUCCGGCCUCUACGACGAGGUGGGCGUCAUAAGCUCCAACAACCAAACGGACAACUGGCAGGCGCAGGACAAGUACUUCCGCCAGCUGUACGCGGCCACCCCCCACGAUGACUUCCUGGAUGCUUCGGCCGCCGCGGCGGCCGCCAAGGGGGGAGGGGGGGGCGCCGUGGCGGGGGCGGGGAAGAGCGUGAAGGGCAGGUGGAAGGGGCCCGUCAAGCUGCUGUCCCCGCUGGUGCUGCAGCCCCACCUCGGCCUCAUGGACGUGCUGGAGAACCACACGUGCUUCACCUACCAGGCACGAGAUGCCGAAGAGGAAGCGACGCCGAGGCUGUUCGAUUUCGAUGGCAGCCGGUCCAGCGGCCGCGCGGUGGUCGGCAGGGAUGAGUUCUUCCAGCAGUUCAACGUGUUCACGGAGGGGCAGCUGACCUUCAUGGACUGGAACAAUGUCGUCGCUGCCGGGGGCAGCGUGUUGGCGGCGACGCACCCCCCGCCGCCGGGGCCCCUGCGGGACUUCUACCACACCCUGGCUUACCGGUCGAGCGACGUAGAUCUGUUCAUCUACGGGCUGAACGAGAAGGCGGCAACGGAGAAGGUCCGCGAGAUCUACAACGCCGUCAAGCUCGCCAACCCCAAGAUCUACGCGGUUCGAUCUCUUCGGACGGUCACCCUGGUGAGCGAGUUCCCGUUCCGGAAGAUUCAGAUCGUGCUGAGGCUGUACAAGACCCUGGCGGAGGUUCUUCACGGGUUCGACGUGGACGCCUGCAGUGUCGGCUUCGACGGCCACACGGUGUGGGCCACGAACCGCGCCGCGCGGGCCAUCUGCAAGCGCUACAACCUGGUGGAUGUCUCUCGCCGCAGCCCUUCCUACGAGAGCCGGCUGUUCAAGUACGGCAAGAGAGGGCACUCGGUAUUGGUGAGGGGCCUGCAGGUGGACAAGAUCAAGCCUUCGCUCCGCAAGGCCACCGUCACCUCCGGCUCGGCGAGCUACGAGAGGGGGCUGGCCAAGCUCAUCGCGUUGGACUCGUGCUACCAGCGAUUCCACCUCAACAACUGGGGACACUUCUACCAGCGGUGGAACGAGGGUCUCCUGGCGUACCACAACGGCGUCACCGAGUCGCAGCGCAUACACAACCAAGAGAGCGCUCAGGAGUCAGACUACACCACCAUGUUCAUCCCGUACGGACCGAAGUGGAGCCGGGACCGCACUCGUCGGCACGUGAUGAACUACGGGUCCGCGGCCAACAGCUACUACUACCGCCUGAGCAUGUGCGACCCCCCCCAGGCCCCGAUCGUGCCGGUGGUAUGCGGCAACAUUGACAUGGUGCUCUCUACCGGGGUCAACACUGGUGAAGGCGAAAAGAUGUCGUAUUCCCAUGAGGAAGAUGCCUCCUUGAUGCACAUGAAGCACGUGGCGGGCGACGAGAUUUGGCUCAAGGCCAACCCGGGCAAGCAGGGGCUCCUCACCGGCAGCUUCCAUCCCAUGUCCGUCUCCGCAAAGGACUGGGAGAGGGGAGUGUACAAGUAGGCAGAAGUAGGCGAGCAGCAACCCAACCGUGUGGUGCUAGCGCUUACUCGAUGGGUGGUUGGCUUGGAGCAGNGACGAGAGUCUUCCACUGCUGGCGUGUUGUCCUCCACAUAACGCCCCCCUCCCCCCCUCCCCAAAGAAAUUCCUCUGAAGCGCGUCUAUUUGUUUCGUCGGGGUGCGAAGCGCUAGCUCGGACAUGUGUGUUGACAUUGCUGCUGCUGUGGCUCUGGGGGCUCGGGUGACGGGAAGGGGGCAUCCGUUUUUGUCCGGCCCCGCUCGCCGAUAGCUUCUUCGUUGAAAGACAUUUGAGCUGCAGGCACAGGCGGGAGGGAUUACUACACCAACUCGGCAAACAACAAGCGCGGAAACCGAAAAUGUUGGGCACUGGCAAAUUGUAUUCCGUGAGUCGUGUGGCCACAGCCGGAGGGGGGAAGAGGGAGAGCCAACAGCUGCAGUCAAUGACAUCAAACACCCAGCCGCAGCAGCCUUUUCAGCCAGCCUGUAAUUCAAAGGUUGUGUACGUGCACAUCCAGAGUGAUGCCGCCUCUGCAGGUGACAUAUACAUGUGGGCAGGUGUCAUGAUACACAUAUGAUACGGGCAGGAGCAGCGUCUUCGAUUUCGGGAGAAGUUUAUUGCCGGACUUUCCCGCGACAGAGAUGUUUUUUCGCUGUUCCCUAACACUGCGAAGUUCACAAAUCUCGUUAAGCUUCUUGUGUCCCCCGAAAUGGCCGAGGUAUCUCGAUAUAUUGAGUACUGGUAUUUAUCGUGUGCACUGCGAACCUUCAUGUCUUUUAUUUUUUUGACGGGGCAUGGAAACAGUGUAAGCUGGUGCAGCAGUAAAGCAGAAGAUAUCCAUACCUGGAUUUAGUGUUCGAACGCAUGGCCUAAGGGAGCGUCACAACACGAAAAAUCUUGCAGCAUUCCGUUUGAGGGUCACACACGCAACCCUGACGUGUUGUUUUCGUCCUCAGAGAGGUGACUUCAGGUCCAAGCUCGUGUUCCGUUGGUUCUUUGUGUUUGCUAGUGGGUAGGAUGGGUACAGCGUGCGGUGGGCACGUCAGUUCCGUCGACUCGUUUUUUUCUCGGCACGUAUAGGCCGCACAUACCCGAAGCGUGCAGUGUUUUGAGAGAUGUUUCUCUCGAGGCGUGGCGUCGACGCCUCGGUGCUCGUUAUCCGUGAGAUGAGCGAGCAGGCGUUCGUUUCACAUGGGCCGGGCCGGGAUUCCGGCCUACCGGUAGAGGCAACGGCUGUGCGUCUCAAACGGCACCUGGAUGUUGUAGAAGAGAGCUGUAGCUGUCGUUCGGGUUCCUUCACCUCAUGGGCGGUGGCGAUGGCGGUGGCCGGUGCGUGCGAUCGCGUGGGGGAGAAGCCUGGCGAACGUCGUCUGUGGUUUUAGCACCGAAAUUUGUCGCAGGUAGUGCUUCGGGUUUGUGGGUUACAUGUGUGUUGUUGUUGGUUUUGCUUUGGAUUGUGUGCUUUUUUCUCAUCUUGUCCCUUAUCCAAGAAGCAGUGUUGAAGUUCGCUGCAACUAGCUUGCAACGCAAGGGAUUCCACUAUUUAAUUGCCGCCUUUCGACGUCUUUCUCGCUUUGGGCCUUGUUCCGCUCCGCUAAAACCGCCCUCCUUCAACUACUUUCAGGGAGAAGUCUCCAAGCAUUCCCGUUGCUUUUACGUGCACGCCGCCACACUCUGUAUUUCCUU